AUGCGCAACAUUUUAGCUAUUCCUCUUUGUGAAAUUGGGCAGGAAGAUAAAUUAACAUGGGUGUUCUCGAAGGGUGGGGAGUACACUGUAAAAACCACAUAUCUCCUAGGUAAAGGGUGUGAUCUUGAUAACUUCCACCAAGCUUGGGUGGAAAUUUGGAAGGCUGCAGUUACACCAAAGAGAGUGUUCAGGUGGGUUGAGGAUUUUGACAAAUAUGCUGCUAGAAUAUACAAAACUAUUGGAAUGUAUACUAGCCGUAGCCCUUCUCGCUGGUGUGCUCCUCCAAAUGAAAUUGUCAAGAUCAAUACCGAUGCUUCUCUUGCGAUCGAAGGUUGGAUUGGGCUGGGAAUGGUUGCUAGGGACAAUAAGGGUCAGGUAAUUUGGGCAGCCUCUAGAAGAGUCAGAGCAUUCUGGCCACCUGAGGUUGCAAAGGCUAAGGCCACACUUCGUGCUUUGGUGUUGGGAAGCAGAUAUAAGCUCAAGGAUAUCAUUGUAGAGUCAGACUGCAAGCUAGUCAUUGAUCGAUUGUCAACAGGAGCAAGGAACACAACAUAUAUUGAUAUUGUUCUAGGAGAUAUUCUCUUCAUGUGUACGAAGUUUAAUUCGGUUAGUUGGUCCCAUGUAAAGCGAGAUGGUAAUUGUGUCGCACAUUCCCUCGCAAAAGAAUGCAAUAUACUCUAA